GGAACGGGCGGCCGUGCCUGAGGAGGGGAAGUCUCCCCGCCUCACAUGAGUGCUUGCCCGACCUCACGGCUCUGAGGCAGCCCUUGGAGGGGUCGUGCUGGAGGCAGGUGAGGGGGCACAGCCCAGCGGCAGGCCCCGGAGCCCUGAGGUCCUGUCAGGGGUUGUCAGGAGAUGGUGCAGAGCCCGGUGUCGGGCAGACGCCACCCCUCAUCAGCGCCCGCCCCGCGUCUUUUGCCGCUGCCCGGCCGAGUCCCGGGACUCCGCCGUUCCGGCUCAGGAUUUAUUUGGUGUGAGUAUGGUUGUUCCUUUAAUGAACCUUCAUAUAAAAUCUCUAGGAGCAAGUCAUACAGUUGCUGGAAUUAUAGGAUCUCUCUAUGGUAUAAUGCAACUAUUUUCCAGCACAUUUGUGGGCUGCUGGAGUGACAUAGUAGGAAGGCGGUAUUCCCUGCUUGCUUGUAUUCUUCUCAGUGCGCUGGGUUACUUCCUUCUUGGAACAUCUACCACUGUGUUGCUGUUUGCCAUUUCUAGAGUCCCUGUAGGUAUUUUCAAGCACACCCUCUCCAUCUCUAAAGCUCUGCUUUCAGACUUGGUUUCUGAGAGAGACCGCCCAUUAGUAAUGGGACGUUUUAAUGCAGCUUCUAGUGUGGGCUUCAUUCUGGGGCCUGUCGUUGGUGGCUACCUUACAGAGCUGAAAGAUGGCUUUUAUCUAACAUCUUUCAUCUGUGCCUCCAUCUUCCUUCUGAAUGCUGGUCUUGUCUGGAUGUUACCCUGGAGUGAAGAAAACACUGGCAAUAGGGAACAUCAACAAGGCAACAAAGGAACAGACAGUUUCUCAGCAAAAGCAAAUAGUGACCUGCACUUGAAAUCAGAAUCUAAUGGAGCUAUGGCAAGCGAUAGUCUUUUCCAGUCUCCGUGGAUCCAAGUUACAACAGUGCUGAAGAGGAUUAAAGGAAUUGCAUGCUCUGAUCUGUGGGAUAUAUUUUUAGUGCGGUUGCUGAUGUCUGUUGCUAUACUGCUCUACUAUAGCAAUUUUAGUCUGGCCUUGGAGGAGAGAUUUGGAGUGAAACCCUUGUUUUCUGGAUACCUAAUGAGCUAUAGCAGUGCGCUUGGAGUCCUGGCUGGUUGUCUACUUGGACCAAUAACAAGAUUCUACCAGCACAACACUUACAGAGUUUUGUUGCACUCCAGCACACUUACCUGUACGUUGAUUCUCCUGUAUGCGUCAGCGCCGAGCAUAUGGAUGGUCAUUCUAUCUUCCACGUUCUUAGCCUUUUCAACUACUAUAGGUCGUACUUGUAUCAUUGAUCUUGAAUUGACUGUUGGUGGGAAUGAGGCCAGUGGUACGCUUCUAGGUGUUGGACAGUCUGUGACAUCGGUGGGACGUAUAGUUGCCCCGCUCCUUUCUGGAAUUGCUCAGGAGUUCACUCCUUGUGGCCCUCCAAGUCUAGGGGUUGCACUAGCUUUAGUAGCUAUUCUGAUAAUGAACGCGAACAAACAAAAAUACUGUAGCUAUGGAAAUGUUAAGUUAAAAAAUCAGUAGCUGCAAAUUUGGAUUGCACAGAGGUAUCUCACAGAAGAGGCAAAGUGAAUCAGCCUGGGGUGAUGUUUACACCUGCCAGACUUGUACAGGAUCUUUUAAGAAGGCACAUUAUAUUCAUGUGGAAGCAAGUACAUAUAAAUAUUUCUGCUGCAGGGAUGUUAACUCCAGACAAAUGUUAUUCUAACUGGUACCACUAGAACACUUGUGAGGAGGACAGGUGUUGCUGUAUUGUACUGGCUGGGAUUUUUUUAAUGGAUUUUUAACCUUUUUGGAGGGGAAAAAGAGAAUUACAUGAAAUACACAACUCCGUCUUGUAGCUCACAUUUGAAACAGUGUUUAGAUUGAUAGAUUGUUAAAAGAUGCAAAUGGAUACUUAUUAUUUAAUCAGUGGUGAAUUUUUGUUAUUUAAUCAGAAGGAGAAUUUGCAAUAUAGCUCGUUGGCCUUAAUUUCUUAUGCUGUGAUCUGCUGUCAUUUGUCUGCUUUGGGAGAAGCUUAAUUAACAGAGUAUUUGAUUUUGUGCUUUCGUUAAGCAUAUUUUGUCUACAAAACUUGCUGCACAGCAUGAUGACAUACCUUAGGGCAGCUAUCUGACCCUUGCUGAUUCCUGGUAAUUCCCAGGUAACAGAAUUGGAUAUUUGCUAACUUCAUGUAUUAGAAGGCCUAUAAUGGAGAAUUUUAGAAUAAUAUGGGGUCAUUCAGACUGAAACUGCAACUGAAUGUAAGCUUUAUUGAAACUUGAGCUGGUGGUUUCUGUUUAGUAAAACUUCUACUGAACAAAUUUGUCAUAAAUUAUUUGUUAAUAUUCCCUGUGCAAUUUUUCUACCUUCAUUUUAAGAAUAAAUUUGCUUCUUAAUUCUUUUGAAUGACUGUUAAAGGUGUGCUGGAGCAACUCUCAGUUCAUGGAUGUGGAUUAACGCAUCCUCAUCUCUGGUGGCAUAAGUGACAUUUCAGUGACAAAUUUGUUGGUGUUCUAAUCUUCGUUGUCUGCACUGUUAUACUAAUGAGAGCUUACUAUCAAAGCUAUACCAAGAAUUGUAGCACUUCCCUGUGCUAUUUACUGUUCAAGCUCAUAUUACUUGCCAAUCCUAAGUGUUUGCAUUUCAUUUGAAACUUAUGAAAAAAUGUAUUUUGUACUGAUAACAUUCCAUGUGCUUUUCCUAGUAUUACUUGAUGAAAGUACAAAGUCAGCUAUGUAUAAUUGUUGGGGGCAUUUUUUGAUAAAAACAAAUUAGUUAUCUUCUUGAACAUAUCUGUGCAAGCAGUGUUGCUGCUUCAGGAGAAUCAUAGAUGGUGGUUUGCAUUUUAUUAUUUUUUUUUCUUCUCUACCUUUUCCAGUGCCUGCUGUCAUUUAAAUCCUUGCUGAAACCUUUAUGAUACCAGUGGCAGCAUCAUAGAAGUAUGUAUAGAAUUCUGAGUUGUUUUAAUUUUAUAUAUUGACAUGUGUGUGUCUCAUUACUGCUAUGAUUUCAGUACAUAUCCUCAGAGUUCCUUAUUGUAAUAACCUGUGAUUCAUUUCUCCCUAGAAACUUCAGGCAUUUUUAAGUGUCUUAUCUCCUCCUGUCUUGCUUGGUAGAUGUCCCAAAACAUUCUUGCCCUAAAUUUCCUAUUUUCUAUCUUUCCAUCUUUUAAAAUUGUUUUUUGGGGAGUUUGUUUGUUUUUUUACUUAAAACUAACCUCUGUAAGUCAGGGAUUUCCGUUUUGCAACUACAGCAAGAAGUAAAGGAAAAGGGGAGGAAAAAACCCUAUGAAAGGUUUAGUAGCUUUUACUGUAUUUGUUGAUUAUAUGGGAUAACAGAUACCAUUUACCGUUUUAAGCUGCUUCACUGAUUAAAGCUGAAUUCUGUAGACACCAUAAAAUUCACUUUAUACUAACAGAUACAGCUGCCUGAAUAUUGCUUUUCUGCUUAUAAAAACUUGAAAAUGUCACUGUUUUUGUUUAUACAUAAGUGAAAAACAUGCUUUCCACAAUUAGCGAAUAUUUUUGUUUUGAAAAAUAAUUCUAAGCUAAAUAAAAACAAAAUUAAAUAAUCUAAUUGAGAAAUCUGUGGAAGGCUGUGGUCUCAGGGACAUGUUGCAACUGAUGCUAGAGAAGAAGACUUCUUUACUUGUAGGCCAAAACGAUUUCUGAAGUGCUGCAGAAACAUUUUUUCUUUGUAAAGACUCAGUUACAGAAAAGUUGCCCUAUUUUUUUUUUUAAAGGAAUAGAAACAAAAUGAAAUUACGUUCUACAUCUAUCAUUUUGUUACUAUGUUUUUUCUCUUCUUCCUCUGCUGAAAAUACAGCACAAAAUAGAGGUAUUCAAGUCAAUAUGGACUGUAGAUUUUUUUUUUUUUUCUUUAAGCUGUUCCUUAAAAUGUUCAUUUGAAUCUGCUUUCUUUUCACAAAAAAGGCACAGGAGUGAAGGAGUCAACCGAGAAGUGGCUUGACAGUGAAUGAAAAAGAAGAAAUAGAAAAUAGAGAACUUGCCAGUUUUGAGUUGGAAUGCUUAAAGCUGCUCUUCCUAGUGCCUGGAGACCACGUUUGAAUCCCCUGUGUUGUCUCUCAGGUGCCAUAACUGUGCAAGUUCAGAAAGCGAUGAGUAAAUUGCUUCCCUGGAGAGGAAGAGAUGUGACUCCCUCUUUUCUGUUGAGGGAGGAACAGUUUCAGCUAUUUCUGCCCACAGUCUAGUGGGCUUUACUGAAUUACUCAGCAGGUUCUUUAAUCCAGCUGUGAUAUCUGAAGACUUCAACAAAACAGAGAUCUGAAUAUGGAACAAAUAAAGAUUCUACCUUCAAAUCACUGCAAAUUAAGAUUUUUCUCUUGAUUGCUGUUACUUUAGGUUUGGGUUGGUUUUCAUGGGCUUGUAGGCAGGGUUGGGUUUUUUUUGCCUUUUACCUUUUGAAAUUUUAACUUUUUAACAGUGACUACUUUUCUGACCUUUAUGAUCAGCUGAUGUUGAAGAGGCUGUGUAUCCAAUGUAGUGAUUUACUUCUGCAAAAGAGCUGGUAGCAUAUGAUAUGUACUGAUUUUCUGGCUUUUAAAUGAUGAAGCAAAUGUCAGAUUUAUUCCAUGUUGGUGCAUGCUGAAUACAAUUGAAGAGAUCCUUUAUAAACAUACCAGUUCUGUAGA